AUGCAUAGAUAUGAAACUGAAUUACGUAAAAUCCAUUGGAAUAGUAUUCUAAAAGGAGCUGCCUUUGGUCUUCUAACUGGUUGGAACGGAGAAACAGAUAUAAAUGAACCUGAAAUAUUUGAAGAUUCGAAUAAAAAAGGUCAAACAAUCGAUAUUAACGGUGAUAUUCACUUUCACGAUGUCAAUUUUACGUAUCCCAAUCGAUCAGAAGUGUCUGCAUUAAGAAAUCUCACACUAGUUGCUCGUGCUGGUGAGACUACUGCUUUGGUCGGUCCGAGUGGUUGUGGAAAAAGUACUUGUAUAUCAUUAUUACUUCGAUUUUAUGAGCCUGCAUCAGGACAAAUUACUAUCAAUGGUCAUUCAAUUGACACAUUCAACGUGAAACAACUUCGACAAAAUAUUGCUGUUGUCAGUCAAGAACCUAUUCUACUUAGUACAAGUAUUUAUGAAAAUAUUCGCUAUGGAAAAGAAAAUGCUACCAAAGCAGAAAUCGAAGAAGCAGCACGUCAAGCAAAUGCUCACGAUUUUAUCAUACGAUUAUUGGAUAAAUACGAAACACGCAUCGGAGAAAAUGGUACACAAUUGAGUGGUGGUGAAAAGCAACGGUUGGCUUUGGCUCGUGCUCUUGUCAAACAACCGACUGUGCUCUUAUUAGAUGAAGCAACAAGUGCACUUGACUAUGCUAAUGAGAAAAUUGUUCAACAGUCUUUAGAUCAAGCUUGCAAAGGUCGCACAACGAUUGUCAUUACUCAUGAUUUGAAAACCAUUCGAAAUGCACAUCGUAUUUAUGUUCUGACGAAUGGACAUGUUAUUGAGCAAGGUCAACAUGAAAAAUUGAUGGCAGAUGAAAGAAGUAUCUAUCGAGAAACGGUGAAAAUUCAACAAGCAGAGACAACUGAAGAUGAUACCGAUACGAUAAUGAACCAAGCAAUAGUUGAAGAUGAUGAUAAGCAAAAAACUAUUGUUGAAGGUUCUCGACUUCUGAGCGAUGAUGAUAAAGCUGACGUCGAUCAAAGUUUAUCAAGUGAAAGUCGUCGGCCGAUAUUUGUUCGAUUGAUAUCAAUGAAUAGUCCCGAGUGGAAAAUCAUACUUAUCGGUUGUUUAGCAUGUCUAGCUAGUGGUGCAAGUCAAUCAGUCUUUGCCAUUCUACUCAGCAAAAUCAUAGAUGCAUUUGGCGAAUGUGAUUAUGUCAAACAACGUCGUCAUGUAUUUGUUCUAAGCUCUCUACUCUUGGUUAUCGGUGCUGUAAUAUUGUGUAUUCAUCUUAUUCAAUUUAUUGCAUUUGCCUGGUCAGGAUCGAAAUUAACACAACGCAUUCGUAUAAAAGCUUUCGAACAACUCCUUUGUCAAGAAGUUGCCUAUUUCGAACGUCCGGAAAAUAGUUCUGGUGCUAUUUGUAAUCGUCUUUCAUCAGAAGCAUUAGCUAUUCAACAGAUGGUUACUUCACGUCUAAGCAUUGUAUGUGAUGCUUCGGCUACAUUUGGAUUUGGUCUUUUACUCGGCUUUUUUCUUAACUGGCAGUUGGCUUUAGUCUUCUUUAUCUUCCAUCUCUUCGUGCUUAUAUUGGUUUUUAUACAAAUAAAAUGGCAAGCCAGAAUCAACAAACGUUCUCAUCGUCUUAUCGGACAAGCAAGUUCACUUGCGGUAGAAGUUAUUCACAAUAUGCGCACAAUAAAACAACUGGCUAUUGAAAAAGCACUUGUCAAACAAUUUUCUCAACUGCUUUAUGACGAGUUAAUAACUCGUCGAAAAGAUACAAUCAUAUCAGCAUUGCUUAAUGGAAUCUAUUGGGGUUUCCCAUCAUUUAUUGUAGCAUUUAUCUAUUGGUAUGGUCUUAAACUUGUCGAACACCAUCAAAUUAACUUGAAAAACAUGGUUAUGUACUAUCUUCGUUUUCGUCAUUUUAUUUUUCGAAUUCUUUCGAGUCGUUUUAACCUUGGAUAUGAGACAAGAGCUGGUCUAAAAGGUGGUCAUUUGUCCGGUGGUGAAAAACAACGCAUAGCUAUUGCUCGAAUCCUUCUUCGUCGACCGAAAGUAUUUUUAUUGGAUGAGAUUACUAGUGCUAUGGAUGCAAAAAAUCAACAGAUUGUGCAAGAAACUCUUGAACAAAUUCAACUAGAAGAAUCGAAUCAAUCAUUCUUGAUCAUCGCUCAUCGACUAUCAACUAUUAGUUCAUGUGAUCAAAUUUGUGUUCUUGACAAAGGUUUUUUGAUCGAAAGUGGCACUCAUACAGAAUUAAUGCAACGACGUGCAGCUUAUUAUCAAAUUGUUAUGCGAACUGAUGUACAAUAA